UGCUAGUGGAGAGUGUGUGUGGGUCUGUGUGUGAGUUGACUUUACACCUGCUCGGCUGCCUCCGCUUGGACCAUGGAGUUUAGAUGUCUCCUCUUUGUUCUUAUUUCUUCUURGGUGGUGCUCAUCACUCAAUCUGACACGACCACUAAAGACCCUGACUGGAGUGAUGUCGUUGUGACAAUGGUUGGCAGGGAAGUUACCUUACCCUGUGUUGAUUGGCCUCUCACGGGUUCUGUGAGCAUUAAUUGGAAGAUGAAGUCUGAAAACCACUGGAAACUGGUCCUCUCGGCCAAUGAGAGGCAGCAGUUCUCGGGCGCAGCCUCAAAGGCUUCCAUGCGAUUGGUUGACUCAAACUUUCAGGAAACUGGGGACUUUUCUCUGCUGUUCGUCCCCAAAAUGGAGGACAAGGGUCGCUACUCCUGUCUGAUUAUACAGCAACAGAAGAAACUGAGAGAGAAGAUCAUACUAUUAGCCGUCCUCACAGUCUCUAUCUUUCCUUCAGCCACUCUCCCUCAGUACAGCACACUGCGUCUGAUGGCAGAAGUGUCCCCCGCCUCRGCCGUUUCUGAGGUAACCUGGCUGUCCCCUGGCGGGACGCCCCUACGAUUGGCAAGGAGGUCAUGGGGGGGGGUUGCCAAGCUGCCCCAGAUAUGCCCCACUGACCGGGGGGUAUACAUCUGCCAGGUGUACCCAAGGGGUAACAGCAGCAACCCUAUGUUCCCCUUCACUGUGGACCUCCGUGUGGAUGGUGAGAUAGUUUACUCAGAUCUUAAUGGCCAGUCCACCCAGACCCACUCUUCCUCGCUGCACUCCGAUUUGCGGGGUGGACUAUGUCCUGCUCUAUUGGAAGACCACCAAGACAGCAGACAACAUCAACCACUACACCUGGUCUAUGGGUACGACCGCUGGAGGGACCGACAGAGCAAAUGCAAGACUCAUGCCCAGCUGAGCCUGGAUGGGCCAUUGUCUACCCCAAAAGAGGGUUUCUUCUCCUUCCUGCUGAGCCCGGGGCUGAAUGACGGAGGCCUCUACAUGUGUGAGGUCUUCCUCAAUGACAACYUGUUCAGCCAGAGGACCCUGCUUAGCAUCCUCCAAGUGAAAGCCAAACAUUCUCCAUCAGCCCUGGUCCUGACAUGUCAGUAUACAGAGCGCUCCCAGGUGAAGCGGGUGGUGUGGAGCCACCAGAACCAGAGUCGCACGCUGAAGUGGAGCUCCUCUGGCCCGGGUCACCUCAGCACCGAGGUCCCCCUGUCCCRCACCCAGGACACGGCUGGGAACUACACCUGUACCAUGCUACUGCGGAACGGACAGGCGGUCAAGGCUGUUUACACCGUCAAACUGCCCCCGAAAGGUGGAGAGAACCAAACGGUCCAACUUGGUCCUUCAGAGCUGGAUAUGUUGGCCCACUCCUCCAUCCUCAUCUGUUAUCUCCAGGGCCUGUUGGUGAGCUAA